CAUCAUAGAGGUGAUGACAGAUGCUCUCUUGACACUAAAGAGAAUCACUCGGGAGGACCUAUAUUUGUAUCUCUGGUCUCUAUUCUUGGUUUACUCUGACAUUUCGGACAUCUCUGGUGUUACUGAUGUACUUUGGCUUUACAAAUAUAAAUAGCUGCGUGGCCUCUUUUUUUAUUCCACUGUCAAACAUUAAAAUGAUUGGUAUGGUAAACGUGCCCUGCGAUUCACCCAUUGAUUACUACGCUGCUCCACGUAGGGAUGAACCUCCACAUUGCAAAAAUACCGAUGGAGUUACGAGACCAACGCUGAAACGGACGCCUUCGUAUAGACCGCUGUUCAUGAGCACCCGAAAGAAGAUCGUUUAUGCACCGGACGGAAGGAAAUACAGUGAUGGCGUCGCACUUGAGAGAUCCGAACCGAACAAGCUUUGGGAAGAAUUAUUCCUGCGAACGUUCGCCAAUCGAUUCGAGGAGCAAAUACAAAGCCCUGUUGACUCGUACAAGACAUUUGAGUCAGAACUAGAAAAACUCGAUAUCAAAGAUAAAUCGGUCUAUCGGUCUACAUACUCCUUAGUGUCUCCAAAUCGUGUAGAAGGAACUGAAGUAGUUCUGCGAGAUGAAGAAGAGCACGCACAAAAGCAAAAGCGCUCCCUCUCCUCCGAACGUCCACUGCUGCCCUUUCUGAGAUCUAUAAAAGAAAAAAUGAAGGCGCACAAAGUGAAAUGAGGUCAUGAUACGGUAGACCUUUGGUCUUACCUCCCGCUUUGCUUUAAGUGCCUUGAUCUUGAAAAUAUUCGGGACAAUUGUCACAUACUCACUUAUCAUCUCGCUGUUAUUUAUAUGAAACUUGCGUUUUAAAGUGAUUUAAUUUCUAGACAAGAGUGUGUUGUACAUUCUAUCUCUUUUGACAUUCGCACACCAUAUAUCCCAGAAUUGAGCAUACUGUUUGAUUGUUGUGUGUACAAUGAUUGAUUGCUGCGCGUUCAGCUGAAUCCGACAAUUACAAAUCUCAAUAAAGAUU